AUGUUUCAGAAUAGUCAGGAAUUCCCACCAAAUUCAAUCCCAACUUCUUCAUGGAGACAUAGAAAUAAACCGAGACUUAUCGUAUUGAUAAGGCACGGUGAGAGUCAAUCAAAUAAAGAUAAACUAGUAAAUGAAUAUACGCCAAAUCAUCUAGUACCACUCACUGCGAAAGGUUGGAAACAAGCUAAAUAUGCAGGAAUUCAAUUAUUAAAAGCUUUAAAUGUUGAUGAUGAGGAUAUUGUUGAUCGAUUAGAAAAAAAAUAUAAAUGUGAAGCAAAUUUGGGACAAGAACUGCCUAUUUCAAAUUAUAAGAAAUUGAAUAAAAAGAAAGACCUGGAUAUCGUAUUUUAUACAUCUCCAUACAUCAGAACGAGAGAAACUUUAAAAGGUAUAUUGGAUGUAAUCGAUGAAUAUAAUGAAUUAAAUUCCGGAUUAAAAAUCCCAGAAGAAUAUAGAUAUGAACCGUGCAAUAAGAAAAAGUCUGCUGCUUGGCAUCAAAAAUUUUCAACAGGCGUUGAAGAGACAGAAGAACUUUUUAAAUCAAAUGAAGGGAGUUUUGAGAAGGCAACUGAUAUUAAAGAAGGUGGCUCAGCUUUUGAAUCACAGGAAGUACCUGCCUCAGUAAACGAUGAUUCUAUUUGUAAUAAAAUUAAUACAGAGAACGGUAAAACUUUUAUAAGGUAUAGGAUUAAGGAUGAUCCAAGAAUCAGAGAGCAAGAUUUUGGUAAUUUUCAACAAGUUACAUCUAUGGAAGAUGUAAUGACGAAAAGAAAGCAUUAUGGUCAUUUUUUCUUCAGAUUUCCUCAAGGUGAAAGUGCCGCUGAUGUUUAUGACAGGGUAGCUAGUUUUCAAGAAACUUUAUUCAGAUUUUUUGAAAGAAACAUCUUAAGGAAACCUAGAGACGUAGUUGUGUUGGUUUCACAUGGUAUAUAUUGUAGAGUAUUUCUAAUGAAAUGGUUUCGUUGGACUUACGAGGAAUUCGAAUCAUUUACAAACGUUCCAAAUGGUAGUUUGAUGAUUAUGGAAUUGGACGAGUCAAUAGAUCGUUACGUUUUACGUACUGAGUUGCCAAGAUGGUGCCAAUAG